CUCUGUGUUAAGGUGAGCGCGUCUGUCACACUUUACAGAUCUGUAUAUAAAUCGACAGAGCCACACGUUUUGAUUCUGGCUGAAAGGGAAAAAAAAGUUUGCAUUGUGAAAGGGGCUGGAGGCCUGAUCGUAUCCCACAAGGCCACUGCUUGUCACGGAGGAAAAGCCGUUCUUCGUUAUUUCCGGACUCUGUGGUGUCUGUCAGUGCUGACGAAUCAAUUCGAGGUCCUCCCAUGUCGGUGGAGAGUCUGGCUGCUGUCAAUCACACUUCUUUUCAAAAUAUUGUACGAGAAAAAGCACGUAAAACAGCAAACGAGCAAGAUGACGACGAUGUUUGCCGAUACCACUCUGAUCGUGUUCAUCUCGGUUUGCACGGCUUUGUUAGCUGAAGGUAUAACGUGGGUGCUCGUCUACAGAACUGACAAGUACAAAAGGCUGAAGGCUGAAGUUGAAAAGCAGAGUAAAAAAUUGGAGAAGAAGAAGGAGACCAUCACAGAAUCUGCAGGGAAACAACAGAAGAAGAAGAUUGAGAGACAAGAGGAGAAAUUGAAGAGUAACAAUCGAGAUCUGUCCAUGGUGCGAAUGAAGUCCAUGUUUGCCAUUGGGUUCUGCUUUACUGCACUGAUGGGAAUGUUCAAUUCCAUAUUUGAUGGCCGCGUGGUUGCCAAGCUUCCCUUCGUCCCCCUGUCCUACAUCCAGGGACUGUCUCACCGAAACCUACUGGGGGACGACUACACAGACUGCUCCUUCAUCUUCUUGUACAUUCUCUGCACCAUGUCCAUCAGACAGAACAUCCAGAAGAUGCUGGGUCUCGCUCCAUCCCGGGCCGCCACUAAACAGGCGGGCGGCUUCUUGGGACCCCCUCCACAGGCAGCCAAGUUCUCCUGAGCCUUCCCCCUCCCUCCGGGCCCAGGACUGGGCACUCCCAGACCAGCGUGAGCGUGGCACCACUGAAGUAGUGCCACGGCUGAGUGUAUGAGAAAAGAAAACAUUUCCAUCUGUGCCAGUGAUCACCUGGAGCAGGGUGUUGUGUUUUUUUAUCAUCAUUAUUAUUUGUUUGUUUUAAAAUUACUUUGUAGUUGUUAAAGUUUUAGCGGCAAACGUGCAGACCCCAUGCUCUUUACCUGGGCAGAAAACUGCUACGUUCUUUCAAUUUAGGCUUAGGUCGAUUUUUAAAUCUCAUACUCACUAUUCAGAUUCUCAGAUGGCCCGUCUUUCUACACCUCUGCCAUUUCAACAAUGCAUUUUUAAAGAGGGUUAAUGAAUUUACCCAUGGUAAUACAUCACACUGUCGCUCGCUCACACAAACACAGGGUAAUACAUCACACACACACAAGUGAUUCUUUAAAAAUCAUUAAAUGCAGUACAUUUAAAACAUGUAAGUGAUGGUAGUAUUUAUUAAUGGAUCCCCUGUUAGUUUUCACAGUGGGGAUCUUGCCUGUACCCAGUUUUGCAGAGAAAUGUUAAAGCCAUGCAGUAUGUAGCAGGGCUGGAGCUUUGCUUUGGAAGGAUGGUGCUCAUGCUUUGUGUAUGCUGAUCUAACCUUUGAGCCCACUGCCUGCCACAGUGAUGGGAAAAUGUGCAGAUGUUGGACUCAGUUUUAAUCCAGUUUACCCUUUUGCACCCAUGUAUUACAGUAAGUUUUGUUGCACAUGGUACUGUAUACGUGCAUGAAAUGCUAAUUAAAAUAAGACCUGAAAGUC